AUGUCAAAAGGCCAAGCAGAAGCUUUAGAAAUAUCACCAAAUAAUGCAUAUGAUGAAGAUAUUGAGAACAUGCUUUACAAUGAAUCCCAAAACUAUAUAUAUAAUGGAGAUAAUGAUAACAUCUUUGGUACAAGUGUCAUGGAUAUUGAUUUGAAACAAAUGACAAUGACACAAGACCAGCUUGAACUUUAUAUGAGAAAAUAUAUAACUCAUCAAGCAUAUACAAAUUGA